AUGGUUUUGGUAACAAUUACUCUCUUGAUGCUGGCGGCGUCUCUGGGCUAUGUGUUCCUCAUCUGGAACUAUGGCUAUUGGCGCAAGCGGAAAGUGCCUGGCCCGAGCCCGGCAAUACUUACCGGCAACUAUCCUAACAUGAUCAAAAUGAAGCAACAUGCUAUACAAGAUCUUAAUGAGAUUUAUUGCAAAUACAAGCAACAAUAUGAUGCAGUUGGCAUUUAUUCGUCACGCUCACCUCAGUUGCUGGUUGUAAGCCCGGAGCUGGCACAUCGUGUCUUCGUUUCGGACUUUAAACAUUUCCAGGACAACGAACUGGCCAACCUGGUGGAUGAGAAGUCCGACUUUAUAGUUGGUAGCAAUAUCUUCACACUGACCGGGGACAAGUGGAAAGAGCGCCGCGCCGAUAUAACUCCAGGACUAACCAUCAGUCGCAUUAAAUCGGUUUACCCCGUAACCAACCAAGUAUGCAAGAAGAUGAACGAAUUUAUUCGCAAACAAAUUCGCAUUGCACCUGAUGGCUUGAAUGGCAAGGAUAUCAGCCUGUGCUUUACCACAGAAAUGGUCACGGAUUGCGUGCUCGGCCUUAGCGCUCAGAGCUUUACCGACAAUCCCACGCCAGUGAUGGACAAAAUAAAGGCAAUGUUCCAACAGUCCUGGAGCCUUGUGCUCAACUUUGUCGCAAUAUCAUUGAUACCCUCGUUGAGUAAAAUCAAAAAGCUACGUAUUGUGCCCAAGCACGUCGAGGCAUUCUUCGUGGACUUCAUGCAGGCAGCGAUUGACACGCGCCAUGCCCAACGGGCAGCUGGCCUACAAUCCGAUCGCGUCGACUUUCUGGACUACAUUCUGCAGCUGGCCAAAAAGCGGAGCCUUAACACGCGACAGAUAACUGCCCAGUCGAUGACCUUUCUGUUGGACGGCUUUGAGACAACGGCCUCUGUUCUGGCCCAUACUCUGCUGCUGCUGGCACGGAAUGCCGAGGCACAGCAGCGGCUGCGCGAGGAGCUGCAGGCACAUCUGAACAAUGAGGGCUUUGUUGCAUUCGAAAGGCUUGUCGAGCUACCCUACCUGGAUGCCUGUGUGCAUGAGUGCCUUCGACUCUUCCCACCAAUUCCGAUAUCCAACAAACUGUGCACUCGACCCAUCGAGCUGUCCAAUCGAAACGGACCCAAUUUCAUUAUAGAGAAGGGCACCACAGUCCUUGUACCUCAUCUCUGCUUCAUGCUAGACAAUGAUUACUUUCCCAAUGCCCAGGAGUAUCAACCCGAUCGCUUUCUAGAGCCCAAUGCGAUCAAAAUGUAUCGCGAGCGCGGAAUCUUCAUGGCAUUCGGCGAUGGUCCUCGCAUCUGCAUAGGUAUUCGCUUGGCUCUGGCCCAGAUUAAAGCAGCUCUCGUCGAAAUUAUAACCAACUUUGAUGUAAAAGUCAAUCCAAAGACUCGCAAGGAUAACAUGUAUGAUCCACUUGGCUUUAUUUCUUCCCUUAACGGCGGCAUUUGGUUGGAUUUCAGUGCUCGUCAAUAGGCGGAAUGUUGAAGUCGAAAUGUGGUUUUACAUUUAACGUUCAACUUUUAUCUCUGCAUUUAAAAGUUU